AUGUCAUUACCCAGAGGAGUGAAGAAGAUUCAAGAGGCCCUGGGUGAGUCGUGUUAUAACUUUACUUGUUUGCCUUUGUCCUCUUCCUCUCUGUUUCUCUCCCCUCCACCACUGUCUUUUCUGGGUGAUUUAAUUGCAUGUGACACUGUGUGGUGAUUGUAAAUUCUUGAAACAGAAAGCUAGAUCCAAAGAUCAUAAUAUUUAUUUCUGUACCCAAAACAGUGAUCAACAGGAGGGGUUCUCAUUGCCCUACCCAAUAAUUAAAGACACAUUAAAGACUCCACACAUCUAUUACAUCUGACAACUUGGAUGGAAAAUUACUGAGGAUAAUAGCGUACGAUAUUGCCACUCCUAUUUGCCAUAUUUUCAAUUUAAGCCUACUAGAAUGUGUGUGCCCUCAGGCUUGGAGGGAAGCAAAAGUAAUUCCGCUACCUAAAAAUAGUAAAGCCCCCUUUACUGGCUCAAAUAGCUGACCAAUUAGCCUGUUACCAACCUUAAGUAAACUAUUGGAAAAAAUGGUGUUUGACCAGAUACAAUGCUAUUUUACAGUAAACAAAUUGACAACAAACUUUCAGCAUGCUUAUAGAGAAGGACAUUCAACAAGCACAGCACUUACACAAAUGACUGGUGAUUGGCUGAGAGAUAUCGAUAAUAAAAAGAUUGUGGGGGAUGUUUUGUUAGACUUCAGUGCGGCUUUUGACAUUUUCGAUCAUAGACUGCUGCUGGAAAAACGUAUGUGUUAUGGCUUUACUCCACCUGCUAUAUUGUGGAUACAGAGUUACCUGUCUAACAGAACACAGAGGGUGUUCAUUAAUGGAAACCUCUCCAACAUAGUCCAGGUAGAAUCAGGAAUUUCCCAGGGCAGCUGUCUAGGCCCAUUACCUUUUUCAAACUAAUGACAUGCCACUGGCUUUGAGUAAAGCCAGAGUGUCUAUGUAUGCGGAUGACGCAACACUAUACAUGUCAGCUACUACAGCGACUGAAAUGAUUGCAACACUUAACAAAGAGUUGCAGUUAGUUUCAGAGUGGGUGGCAAGGACUAAGUUAGUCCUAAAUAUUUCUAAAACUAGAAGCAUUGUAUUUGGGACAAAUCAUUCACUAAACCCUAAACCUCAACUAAAUCUUGUAAUAAAUCAUGUGGAAAUUGAGCAAGUUGAGGUGACUAAACUGCUUGGAGUAACCCUGGAUUGUAAACUGUCAUGAUCAAAACAUAUUGAUACAUUAGUAGCUAAGAUGGGGAGAAGUAUGUCCAUAAUAAAGCGCUGCUCUACCUUCUUAACAGCACUAUCAACAAGGCAGGUCCUACAAGCCCUAGUUUUGUCACACCUGGACUACUGUUCAGUCGUGUGGUCAGGUGCCACAAAAAAAUUGCAAUUGGCUCCGAACAGGGCAGCAUGGCUGGCCCUUGGAUGUACACAGAGAGCUAAUAUUAAUAAUAUGCAUGUCGAUCUCUCCUGGCUCAAAGUGGAGGAGAGAUUGACUACAUCACUACUUGGUUUAUGAGAGGUGUAGACAUGUUGGGUGCACCGAGCUGUCUGUUUGAGCUACUGGCGCACAGCUAGGUCACCCAUGCAUACCCCACAAGACAUGCCAUCAGAGGUCUCUUCACAGUCCCCAAGUCCAGAAUAAACUAUGGGAGGCGCACAGAACUACAUAGAGCCAUGACUACAUGGAACUCUAUUCCACAUCAAGUAACUGAUGCAAGUAGUCAAAUUAGAUUUAAAAAACAGAUAAAAAAAACACCUUAUGGAACAGCGGGGACUGUGAAUUAACAAAAACAUAGGCGCAGACAUAUGCAUACACACACACGAUAACAUACGCACUAUACACACACGUACACAUGGAUUUCUGUACUGUAGAGAUGUGGUAGUGGUGGAGUAGGGGCCUGAGGGCACACAGUGUGUUGUGAAAUCUGUGAAUGUAUUGUAAUGUUUUUAAAAUUGUAUGAACUGCCUUAAUUUUGCUGGUCUGCCUGGCAGCAGCUAAUGGAGAUCCAUGAUAAAUACAAAUACAAAUACAAAUUACAUAUUUAGUCUGUAGUAUUCCAACUUCUAGUGCACUUAAAUUCUAUGAUUAAACAAACAUUGUUUAAAAAAAAUUAUUUAGCUAAAGUAACAGAGGACGCCAUUGUAAAUGAACAUUUGAGAUGUAAGUAAAAAAUAUUAUUGCAAGCAUAUAAGGAUUACUCUGCAUUAGUAAUACAAUAUUUAUUCAGAUAUGUUGGACAAAACUGAUGGUAUUCAUUUUAUCUUUGUUCUAGUGACGACCCAAGGUGAGUUGUGAUCAUGAAAGUGAUGAUGCCAUUGCUCAAGUGUCCACAUGUUUGACUGUGUAGUUAUUACUGUGUUGUUAUUUUUUCCCCUCAGUGAUGAACUGGCUUCAUAAAGUGGUUGACAUUGUCUGUCUGUCCUUUCUGUCUGUCUGUCUGUCUGCCUGUCUCUCUGUCUAGCAUCUAUCAGUGAUUAACACAAUCAUUUCUGAUUUGAUUUCCCAAUUUAGAAAAAUGUAUUGCUAACAGUGUCUGCAAGACAGGUUCAGUUCAUGUCAGAGCAAAAACCAAGCCAUGAGAUCGAAGGAAUUGUCCGUAGAGCUCCGAGACAGGAUUGUGUCGAGGCACAGAUCUGGGAAAGGGUACCAAAACAUUUCUGCAGCAUUGAAGGUCCCCAAGAACACAGUGGCCUCCAUCAUUCUUAAAUGGAAGAAGUUUGGAACCACCAAGACUCAGCUGGCCGCCUGGCCAAACUGAGCAAUCGGGGGAGAAGGUCCCUGGUCAGGGAGGUGACCAAGAACCCGAUGGUCACUCUAACAGAGCUUCAGAGUUCCUCUGUGGAGAUAGGAGAAACUUCCAGAAGGACAACCAUCUCUGCAGCACUCCACCAAUCAGGUCUUUAUGGUAGAGUGGCCAGACGGAAGAGACUCCUCAGUAAAACGCACAUGACAGCCCGCUUGGAGUUUGCCAAAAGGCACCUAAAGGACACAGACUAUGAGAAACAAGAUUCUCUGGUCUGAUGAAACCAAGAUUGAACUCUUUGGCCUGAAUGCCAAGAGUCACGUCUGGAGGAAAUCUGGCACCAUCCCUACGGUGAAGUAUGGUGGUGGCAGCAUCAUGCUUUGGGGAUGUUUUUCAGCGACAGGGACUGGGAGACUAGCAGGAUCGAAGGGAAGAUUAAUGGAGCAAAGUACAGAGAGAUCCUUGAUGAAAACCUGCUCCAGAGCGCUCAGGACCUCAGACUGGGGCAAAGGUUCACCUUCAACGACCCUAAGCAUACAGCCAAGACAAUGCAGGAGUGGCUUCGGGACAAGUCUCUGAAUGACCUUGAGUGGCCCAGCCAGAGCCCGGACUUGAAUCCGAUCGAACAUCUCUGGAGAGACCUGAAAAUAACUGUGCAGCGACGCUCCCCAUCCAACCGGACAGAGCUUUAGAGGAUCUGCAGAGAUGAAUAGGAGAAACUCCCCAAAUACAGAUGUGCCUUGUAGCUUGUAGCGUCAUACCCAAGAAGGCUCGAAGCUGUAAUCGCUACCAAAGGUGCUUCAACAAAGUACUCAGUAAAGGGUCUGUAUACUUAUGUAAAUGUGAUAUUUCAGAUUUGUAUUUGUAAUAAGUUAACAAAAAAUUAUAAAAACCUAUUUUUGCUUUGUCAUGAUCAAGUAUUUUGUGUAGAUUGAUGAGAAGAAGAAAACAUUAAUCCAUUUUAGAAUAAGGCUGUAACGUAACAAAAUGUGGAAAAAGUCAAGGGGUCUGAAUACUUUCUGAAUGCACUUUAUAUUCUACCUUCUAUCAUCUAAUCUAAUGAUACAAAGACUUGUAAUCUCUGUCCUCUCUCUACUUCAAAAACACAGUGCCAAUACUGUAGAUGUACAGCAGAGGUUGCCUUUCUCAGUAAAUAUGCUAAUGUCACAGGAAGGCCAAAAAGAUCAUCAAGGACAUCAACCACCCAAGCCACGGCCUGUUCACCCCACUAUCAUACAGAAGGCGAAGUCAGUACAGUACAGCAUCAAAGCUGGGACUGAGAGACUGAAAAACAGCUUCUAUCUCAAGGCCAUCAGACUGUUAAAUAGCCAUCACUAGCCAGCUACCACCCGUAUACUCAACCCUGCACCUUAGAGGCUGCUGCCCUAUAUACAUAGACAUGGAAUCACUGGCCACUUUAAUAAUGGAACACUAGUCACUUUAAUAAUGUUUACAUACUGCUUUACUCAUCUCAUAUGUAUAUACAGUUGAAGUCUGAAGUUUACAUACACCUUAGCCAAAUACAUUUAAAACUCAGUUUUUCACAAUUCCUGACAUUUAAUCCUAGUAAAAAUUCCUUGUUUUAGGUCAGUUAGGAUCACCACUUUAUUUUAAGAAUGUGAAAUGUCAGAAUAAUAGUAGAGAUUAUGAUUUAUUUAAGCUUUUAUUUCUUUCAUCACAUUCCCAGUGGGUCAGAAGUUUACAUACACUCAAUUAGUAUUUGGUAGCAUUGCCUUUAAAUUGUUUAACUUAGGUCAAACGUUUCGGGGUAGCCUUCCACAAGCUUCCGACAAUAAAUUGGGUGAAUUUUGGCCCAUUCCUCCUGACACAGCUGGUGUAACUGAGUCAGGUUUGUAGGCCUCCUUGCUCGCACACACUUUUUCAGUUCUGCCCACAAAUUUUCUAUAGGAUUGAGGUCAGGGCUUUGUGAUGGCCACUCCAAUACCUUGACUUUGUUGUCCUUAAGCCAUUGUGCCACAACUUUGGAAGUAUGCUUGGGGUCAUUGUCCAUUUGGAAGAGCCAUUUGCGACCAAGCUUUAACUUCCUGACUGAUGUCUUGAGAUGUUACUUCAAUAUAUCCACAUAAUCCUUCCUCAUUUCGUGAAGUGCACCAGUCCCUCCUGCAGCAAAGCACCCCCACAGCAUGAUGCUGCCACCCCCGUGCUUCACGGUUGGGAUAGUGUUCUUCGGCUUGCAAGCAGCCCCCUUUUUCCUCCAAACAUAACGAUGGUCAUUAUAGCCAAACAGUUCUAUUUUUGUUUCAUCAGACCAGAGGACAUUUCUCCAAAAAGUACGAUCUUUGUCCCCAUGUGCAGUUGCAAACCGUAGUCUGGCUUUUUUAUGGCGGUUUUGGAGCAGUGGCUUCUUCUUUGCUGAGCGGCCUUUUAGGUUAUGUCGAUAUAAGACUUGUUUUACUGUGGAUAUAGAUACUUUUGUACCUGUUUCCUCCAGCAUCUUCACAAGGUCUUUUGCUGUUGUUCUGUGAUUGAUUUUCACUUUUCGCACCAAAGUACGUUCAUCUCUAGGAGACAGAACACAUCUCCUUCCUGAGCAGUAUGAUGGCUGCGUGGUCCCAUGAUGUUUAUACUUGCGUACUAUUGUUUGUACAGAUGAACGUGGUACCUUCAGGCGAUUGGAAACUGCUCCCAAGGAUGAACCAGACUUGUGGAGGUCGACCAUUUUUUUUCUGAGGUCAUGGCUGAUUUCUUUUGAUUUUCCCAUGAUGUCAAGCAAAGCGGCACUGAGUUUGAAGGUAGGCCUUGAAAUACAUCCACAGGUACACCUCCAAUUGACUCAAAUGAUGUCAAUUAGCCUAUCAGAAGCUUCUAACGCCAUGACAUCCUUUUCUGGUGUGAUACAGUGAAUUAUAAGUGAAAUAAUCUGUCUGUAAACAAUUGUUGUAAAAAUUACUUGUGUCAUGCACAAAGUAGAUGUCCUAACCGACUUGCCAAAACUAUAGUUUGUUAACAAGACAUUUGUGGAGUGGUUGAAAAACGAGUUUUAAUGACUCCAACCUAAGUGUAUGUAAACUUCCGACUUCAACUGUACUGUAUUCUAUUCUACUGUAUUUUAGUCAAUACCACUCCAACAUUGCUCGUCCUAAUAUUUAUAUAUUUCUUAAUUCUAUUAUUUUACUUUUAGAUUUGUGUAUUGUUGUGAAUUGUUAGAUACUACUGCACUGUUGGAGCUAGGAACACAAGUGUAGGAAUACACUAAAUAUGUGUAUGUGACCAAUAAAAUUUGAUUUGAUUUGAUAGUAGCCGGUUGAUGUGAUAGCCAUCUUGUUGGUUGACAGAUCUACUUUCCUCCAAACCUUCUCAAUUAAAUGUUAACUGCAAAGUAGGCUUAGCCUACCUGGCAGAAGUAUAUCAUGAGGAAGUACAUUUGUAUGGAUUAUUUGUUAUUUGCAAACUUUGCCAUGAUGUGAGCAGCAGCAGUACAGAACCAUCCCUAGACCAGCACAUUAGACAGAACAUUGCGCAAUUAAAGGGCCAGAUGCGCAAUUCAAUCAAAAUGUGUUAGUUUUCCUCCAGACCUAAAAAAAUUGUCUUCUGAUGUGACAUCGACUCAGAAUAUCUGAUUUUGUUGUUUCUCUAUGAACAAUUUGUGGUGAAUGAUGGACAGAGUCAUAGUAAAAUAACCGGAUGCAGAUUUAUUCCUUCCAGACAUACAAUGCGCCUACAACGGCAAUUGAAACAGGUACAGGGGAAACAAUCCUCCCUGACCAAACACAGUCUCAGAAAACACAAUAAAUGUAAUGACACAGGGGAAAAUCAACCCUGGCUAAAUAAAUGAGAGAGUAUCUCAACCAAGCUACUCUCCUCCCACAUAGCGCAAUCACUCACAAAGACAAGGGGGCAGAGGGAACACUUAUACACAGACUGAUUAGGGGAUGAGCACCAGGUGUGUGUGAUUGACAAGACAAGACAAGUGGAUUGAUGAGAAUGGGAGCGGCAGUAGCUAGUAAGCCGGUGACGACGAACGCCGAAACCUGCCCGAACAAGGAGGGGAGGCAGCCUCGGCGGAAGUCGUGACACAAUUGUAAUUUUGAGAGUGAAAACCCCCAAAAAUCUAAAACCAGGAAAAAUAAAAUGGAGAAAACAUAAUUUGGGAAAAUAGAAAACAUAAUUUGGGGGAAAAAAUCACAGAUUCUAUAGGGCCCCCUUAGAGUUGUUUAAUUAACCAUUAUUUUACUAGGUAUAUUGACAGAAAACAUUGUGCACUACUUUCUCUUGUACACUAAGGACCCGGGGAAGUUGCAGGGGAGAGGAGAAUGUACCUAUUUGAAAGCUAGAAAAAAAUGAGUAGCUCGUUUCAUUUUAUUUAAGUAGCUCUCAUGCUAGAAAACGUUGCAGACCCCUGAUCUAUACCAUAGAACAUAACACAGUAAUACCUAAACUUGCAUGCAUGGUUGUUCAAUCAGUAGACUACAAUCGUUUGUGGUUUUAUUUUUUGGCAUGUAAUACAUGUCAAUUCAAUUUCAAGUUGCAGCUUUAUGUUAAACUUUUUUGUUAAUAAAAUAAUGUUUUGAUAAACUAUUUUAGCUCCUCAAUCAUGUUUUGAUUUUAUACGUGCACCUGAAAUAAGCACAAAAAUAUUGUAAUUAGAUGCUGAGAGCAUCUGGUUAGAAUUUUCAGUAUUGGAUUGAAUAAAUGAUAUGUUUCAAGACCACUGUUUCAACUGACAAGGUACAGUAUGUGAGCUGUAGGUGUGUCUGUUCCAUCACAGUUAGUCUACCGCCUCCAACUACCAAGAGUGGAAAAUUAACAACUGGCAAAUCGUUUUUUAGAACUUAUGUAAGGAUUAUUUGACCGAAGCAGUAUAUUAUUUAAAGGCAUAGACCACUCAAAAUAUAUGUGGAAAAUCAUGUUCAAUUGUAUUUUGAGUUGACUAUACCUUUACAAUUGUGUUGAGCUGAGAUUAUAUGCAACUAACAUUACAUGAAGGCUUGCUCUUCACCCUAAAGCAAGGUUUUACACUGAUAGAUACAUUUCACAUUAAACCACACACACACGAAGAGAGAUAGAGGGAGCUCUGUUUACCAUCUAAAAUGCUGACUUUUAGAUUUGAUUCUCUAGUUCCUGCCCACAGAAAGCACUGGAGGGGCAGAUACUGCUUUGUUUAUCACUGUCUGUCUAUUUUUGCUGCUGGUAUUUUAUUUUCUAAAUUGAUGGGCUGAUGCUUACAAGUUCUUUUAGCACAUUUCACAUGCACACACGCAUACACUUAUUGCUUGACGUUGCUCCUGUUUGAACCCAUCCCACCACCUCCAGGGUUCGUGGGAGAUCACAGCCACGACAAGCCCCAUCUCCACCCAUGGGUAUUGUGUGUGUGUGUGUUUCUAAGGGGCGGGAAAUAGAGAUGGUAGCAGCUUGUGUGUCUGUGUGUGUAUGGGAGGGAGGGAGGGAGGGAGGGAGGGAGGGAGGGAGGGAGGGAGGGAGGGAGGGAGGGAGGGAGGGAGGGAGGGAGGGAGGGAGGGGGGUGUUUGUGUAAGCCCAUGCUCUACAGUAUAUAUAGGAGUGAGAGGCAGCAAAGAAAAACAGAUAUUAUAUUCUGUCCUUUAUAAUUAAUGAUACUGACCCUGCUCUGCUGUAGCCAUGACGACCAUAAUGCUGAGAGCACUAGGAGCACUGCUCUGCUCCUUGGUUGUCACCGCUGAGGUUAUGCCCCAAGGAGACUUCAAUCUACAAGGGGUAAGAGAGAGACUGAAGAAAGGGAUGAACAAGAAAUCAGGGUUACAUUAAAAAUCUAAUGACGUGGACCAAACUAGCAAUUGUUAUGGAGAAAAAAGAAAGUAGGAGAAAAAAUACAGAAAGAAAACUGUGAUGAAAACAAGAUACAAAUGGAAGGGAUGAAGAGAAAUGUGGGAAUUCUAGUGACACAUUGUUGGGUGUUCAUAUUGAGACAAUAGUUAUUGAGAUUUUAAUUCAUGAAUGAUUCAGGAAUAUUUCAGUAUCAGCUCUCACAGAUUUAAAGAGCCACUGAACAUGCCGAUUGGCACGUGGGUUUUUCUGUUGCUCAUUAGAAAAACAAAGUUUUAGUCUUGGAGGUGUGUUUCCUGGCCGAUUCCACGUUUGGUUAAUGAUGUUUGUCCCCCAUGAGACACUGUAGCCUAUUUCACUUCUUCAAAUUUUUAUAUAACUCAAGGAAUCUGUAAUUAAUUUAGAAGUUUUUGCCAAGGAUGUUUAAGUUGUGCAAUUUUACAUUAAGGUGUUUAGUGCAGUAUUUCUCAAGUUAAAAAAUGAUGUUAUUGUUGUCUUUUGUAAAUAGUCGGAGCUGUUGAGCAGGUCUGUCGCACUGUCUAUGCUAUUAGAUAGAGAACAAUCACCGCAGCUGUUCACCCCAUGUUAAUGGGCAAAUUGACAUCCUCAAAUCAAAACCCAACCUUCCUUUACCCGUUGUGACGCAUGGAUGUUCCAAACUCUGUUUUAGACAAGACUGACUUUAUUACCAAAAUUAUCCUAUUUACGCUUUGUAGUCAAUUUUGACACUAGAAUAACUGUUUCUGACUGAUAUUGAUGCCACAUAGGCCAUUUUCAUAGGAAUUUGUUGCUUUUCAAAGGCAGCCCUUCUUUAAGGUUUAAACUUUCUGUGACCCCUGCAGACAGGAAUGAGGUGAUGUAAUCUAAUCGGGGCUGGUUUUUGCAGGUGGCAGGAAAGUGGUACGUGAUUGGAUUUGCCACUAAUGCCCAGUGGUUCGUCAAACACAGGGCCGAGAUGAAGAUGGGCACCGCCAUGCUGACACCAACUGCUGAUGGAGACAUGGACAUGGCAUAUGCUAGACGGAAGUAAGUAAGAGAGAGAGCGCCUAGACAUUGUGCUGAUACUGUAUGAACUGUAUUGUCUCUGUAGCGCUGAUGGCUCCUGCUGGAGAAUGAACCACCUGGCCAAGAAGACAAACCUUCCGGGGAAAUUCAUCUACAAGAGCGAGCGUAAGUCUAGAACCUUUAAACACAUACACACAGUGCACUAAUGGGCCUAUGUAUGAUAUUGUCAAUUCAUCUCCCUCUCGUCACUCUCUAGGCUGGAAUAAUGAAAAUGACAUGCGUGUCGUUGAUGUUAAGUAUGACGAGUAUGCUCUUAUUCACACCAAGACCAAGGGUGUUUCAGCUGUGCUCACCAACCUGUAUGGUAAGAUCCUUUCCACUCCUCUGUUAAAUCCUAUAACUCAGUCUCAUUAUUUCACUAUUCCUUUCCCCAUCAUUUGUUCGAAAUCUUAUAUUACAAAAUGAUAUUGUAUCCUUCAUAGUAUAUUUAGUCUGCCAUGUACUACAUGUGUUGUGUCUACAGCCCGUGGGACAGACCUGAGCCCUGACCUACUGCAGAAGUUUAGGCAGUUCUCCCUGGACACUGGCGUUCGGCCUGAAAACAUCGCUAUCUUCCCAAAAAACGGUACAUGCCAUCUCUGUUUGUGAAGUGUGUUUAAGUUGGAUAAUAUUUCUGGAUAGAAGUGUGGAACGUCUCAGACUUAUAAUUAUCAACCUUAUUUUUUUCUUUCUUUCUGCAGAUGAAUGUCCCGCUGCGUAAUUUCAUCCAUCUUCUUUACUUCCAAGGCAUGCUCCCUUGAUCCUUCUGCAUGGCUUUGAUACUUGAUGGGUAGGCCCAUGGCCACUGUGGCAACCAUGAACCACCUUUAGCUGCAGUGAUCCAUCAGGCUCCGCCUUAACUUGCAUCUGCAUUACCUACUGAAGCCCAGUGUAGCUGGUUAGGCAAUCUUUUAACCUCUUAGUUUUCACUUCGCUGAUUGGUUCCAAUAAAAUACUGUCCUGUGCUUU